CUUUACUCUUCGGCAAGUUAACGGUCAGCACAGAUUUUGAUCCUAACAAGCGGUAACUUUGGGGUGGUUAAGGAAGCCUGGGUACGUGUGACUCUUCUAGUCUUAUAUUGUGUUGUAUUUUAUAUUUCCGUAUAGUAUUCAGCACAGACAGAUACAGUUUUGCAAGUGAUUUUUUUGGCUCGUUGAAACGAAGGAGUGAACCAUCUCGCCGCAACAUUUAAUCUCUGAAGGGUCAGCCCGGAAGACUGGUAACGUUAAGCGACGAUGAUAAAUCAGCAGGGGGAGUUUCCUGUCUGACUGGAGGAAUGUCGGGUGGAGGCUUCAGGCAGCUCGGGGGCAGCCUCCCCGCCAUCGCCUCCCUGAACACGUCCUACUCUACGUCUCUGUCCCUCCCUUCCCCGUACCUGCUGGUGCCCCCCGCGGAGCGCCAGGCCAUCUCUGACGUCCGGCGAACCUUCUGUCUCUUUGUGACGUUCGACCUGCUCUUCAUCUCCCUCCUGUGGAUCAUUGAGCUGAAUCUCUCCAUCUCACUCUGGGACAGCUUGAAGACUGAGGUGGUCCUUUAUGACUACAAGUCGUCCUUCUUUGACAUCUUCCUGCUGGCCGUGUUUCGUUUCCUGUGCCUACAAGUGGGUUACGCGGCGUUUCGGCUGAAGCACUGGUGGGUAAUCGCGGUUACCACUCUAGUGACCAGCGUCUUCCUGGUUGUUAAGGUCAUCGUAUCUAGUCUCCUCUCCCACAAUGUCUUUGGCUACGUGAUCCCCAUCACUUCGUUCGUGGUGGCCUGGCUGGAGACCUGGUUCCUCGACUUCAAGGUGCUCCCCCAGGAGGCCGACGACGAGAGAGCCUACCUGGCGGCGGUGAACGCGUCCUGCGAGCGCACCCCAAUGAUCUACCCCCGGGCGGUUUCGGACGGACAGUUUUACUCUCCCCCGGAGUCCGUCGCAGGCUCCGAGGAGGAUCUGGAUGAGGAGGGUCUUGGACGCAGAGCCGUCACGUCACAGGACAAGGAGUACGUGAGUCAGGGUCGGGAGGCCAUGUCGGUGGUAGAACAGAUCCUGGCCCAGGAGGACAACUGGAAGUUUGAAAAAAACAAUGACGUGGGAGACUCCGUCUACACACUGGAGAUCCCCUUCCAUGGAAAGACUUUUAUUCUGAAGGCCUUCAUGCAGUGCACUGCUGAGCUCGUGUAUCAAGAGGUGAUUCUGCAACCCGAGAAGAUGGUCCAGUGGAACAAAACGGUUUCCGGCUGCCAGAUCCUCCAGAGGGUCGACGACAACACGCUGGUAUCGUACGACGUGUCGUCCGGAGCAGCAGGCGGCGUUGUCUCGGCGAGGGACUUUGUUAACGUUCGUCGAGUGGAGCGCAAGCGAGACUGUUACCUGUCUGCCGGCAUGGCAACCGACCAUGACGCCAAGCCCCCCGUCGGCCGCUACGUCAGAGGAGAGAACGGUCCGGGAGGAUUUGUGGUCCUCAAAUCCAGCAGCAACCCGUCCGUCUGCACCUUCAUCUGGGUCCUGAACACAGACUUGAAGGGCCGACUGCCUCGCUACCUCAUCCAUCAGAGUCUGGCCGCCACCAUGUUUGAAUUCAUGUCCCAUUUACGCCAACGGAUCGCCGACCUGCGGCCCUCUCUCCGCCCCCCCCACCACCACCACCACCACCACCAGCAGCACCAUCACCACACUUAAAGCAGAGGAGUCCAGCUGUGCCGGGACAGGUGGCGACGCUCCACCACCGUUUACUCCCACGUGGACGCGGUGCCCUCCGCCCGAGAGGGGACGCGCCACCGUGACUUCUUAUCACAGGAGACGUGUGACCACUCGAACGUCUCUCAGAUUUCAAAGGCAAAGGCCGCGCCGUUUGUAGUUGUGUGUUUUUUUUUUUUUUUUUUUUUGUCUUUUUUAACUGCGUGCACACCCAUGUUUUCGCCGUGCAAUCAGAACUUCCUGGUUGCGGAAGCCGUCUUGUGGCUGGAACCAGAAAAACGGGGAGGAGGUCUGCGCCCAGAAGCAGCUGUCCCUCUGGGUCUUGUCGCACUGCACGAAUGGUUCGCCGUCAAUUCUUUUGCUUUAGUUUCUUGUUUGGCUUAUUUUCUCUGUUUUGACAGCACCAUUUUAGUAGGUUGAUUUGGUUGAUUUCCACACUUUAUUCUCCUUCACUACACAGUGAUAGAUGGGGGCGGGGGGGGAGUCACCUGCAGACCAAUUACCACUAGAUGGAGACCACUGACACACACACACACACAGUCCGACUGCGUUAGGCAGCAGAAAUCAGUUAACAAAGUUUACUGAGGGUUUUAAAUACUGCUUUUGUUUUGUACUUUUGGGAGUCCGGCGCUAACAAAGGCAGCUCUUAAUUACUCUGUGUGCUAAAGGAAUUAUCCAACUCCCGAAGAAGACCAAUGGCGACGGGCUUCACCACGUAGGUCGGCGCAUACUUUGUUCUCUUUGGUGCUGAUGACCUCUGGAGGCCUUCCGGCGAAACGGCCGGCGCGUUAUUAGUCACGUGGUCGCGAUUCACUUUGAGUUCUUCUGAGUUCCUGAAGUUCGGCCCCGUCGAGGAGGUAACGUUUUUCUUUUUGCAGGAUUACAGAAAGCCCGCCUGUCUGGUGACCAGGGAAGUACCGAUGAAGCGUUACAUCGCGGGGCGGGUGUAGAUCUGGGGGCAGUGCAGCAGACUCGUUCCUCCUCGACUCACCGGUGUAAUUGUGAGGUUUUGAUGCAGAUGUGGUCCUUCAGCACAUCACUGUCCCAACACGCCCGUUUUACUUUAGUAAACCCAGUUAGGUGUGAACGAUGACAUCACAAUCUGGUUGUUAUUGUUCCAGUCCAUGUCCAAGACAAGUGGACAUUGAGAUUUAACAGUAGAUUUGAGUCAUUUUAGUGACCUACUGUGCUCAGAGAAUUUCAAAUGAAAUUUAUGUUAUUAACAAUUUGGUGCCUUUACCACAUGUGACAUUACAGGUCAGCCUUUUCUUCUGCUCUACAUGUAUUUCAUACUGUUGAAUCAAUGCUUAACACACACUGUACUGUAUGUAUAUGAAGGCUGCAGAGAGUACUGGUUUUCUUUAAAAAUAUAUUUUUUACAACACUUUAAAUGAGUCUAUGGAAUAUUGAUCCAACAUGUUAAUUUAAAUCCAUCAUAGGAAUACUGAUCACCACUUUUUAAGUCUUAACCAGUGUCUUAUGUCUAAUAAAAUCUAUGAACAUA